AGGCAAGUCGCUGCCUUUGCCCAGAGCCAAAGGAAUAGGUCUUGUGACCAGCUGUUUGACUACUGCAUAAUCGCCCACAGAAGAGCGCAGAUGGAGUGAGUCAGGCCAAGCUGCUCAACCUGCUCAGUGCUUUUUGUUUUGCUAACUGGAAUACAAACUUAGGAGCAAAAGUAGGAAGUGGCAUUUGGACUUGUCUGUUUAGAAUGGGUUUGCUGAGAUGUUUUAUAACAUGAUGGAUGCAUCUGACUUCCUAAGUCAUCGGGGAGCUUAAUUUACGUAACAAAUGAAUGUUCCUUUUUUUCCUUUGAAAAGAAAAAAAAAACUUUCAAAAGAGGAAAUUCAUAGGCUGCUGCUGAGUAACUUGUCUCACCUACUGUAUAGGGAGUGCAGCGAUCAUUUGGGGCAGCUGGUCCUUGCAGAAUAUCCUCAAACAAUAGGGGAUCUUCAACAUUUGUAUCCAAGUCCAUGUUGAUAGUCAGGAUAAACCGGAAGACGGUUAAACAGCUCAGGAGAUGUGUGGCGGCACAGCGAAGACCACACACUGGCUGGGGGGCCGGCAGGACUCAGCCAGUUCUGUCAGCGAUGCUGUUUCUGGUGCUGGGAGGACUUGCAAGACAAGUUUAUGCACAAAGCUUCGGAAAGGCGCUGGAGUAGGAAGGGGCACUGAUCACACAGAACUCGACAACAGUUGGGCAUGUUCGGAGUUUGACUUGAAUGAGAUUCGUCUGAUAGUUUACCAGGACUGUGAAAGGAGAGGCCGACAAGUCUUGUUUGAUUCCAGAGCUGUUCACAAGAUUGAGGAGGCAGCAGCUCAGAAAACGGAGGAUGUCCCUAUUAAAACGUCAGCCAAGUGCUGUCAGGGAAGCAGCAGCGGAAGCAUCAGCAGCAGCAGCAGCAGCAUAUCUUCCCAUAGUUCCUCUGGGGGGUCGUUACCACAUGCUAAGGAGCAGCUUCCCAAGUACCAGUACACGAGACCAGCUUCUGAUGUCAACAUGCUCGGGGAAAUGAUGUUUGGCUCAGUGGCAAUGAGUUACCAAGGCUCCACUUUAAAGAUACACUAUAUACGUUCUCCUCCACAACUGAUGAUCAGUAAAGUCUUCUCUGCUAGAAUGGGCAGCUUCUGUGGGAGUACAAAUAACUUGCAAGACAGCUUUGAAUACAUCAACCAAGAUCCCAAUUUGGGAAAACUGAACACAAAUCAGAAUAAUUUGGGUCCUGGUCGUACCGGAAGUAACCUAGGUCUGUUGCAGGCAUGCAGCAGCAAGCUGCUGCAGGGGCUGGCAGAAGGAGGACCUCUCCGGCUCACCCGGAGUGCUUCUUUCUUUGCAGCACACAGCACUCCAGUUGACAUGCCAAGCAGAGGACAAAAUGAAGACAGGGACAGUGGCAUCGCUCGAUCAGCCUCACUGAGCAGCCUUUUGAUCACUCCUUUCCCAUCUCCAAGCUCCUCUACAUCUUCUUCCAGCAGCUACCAGCGCCGCUGGCUGCGAAGUCAGACCACCAGUUUGGAGAACGGCAUCAUUCCCAGGAGGUCAACUGAUGAGACGUUCAGCUUGGCUGAAGAAACCUGCAGUUCUAACCCUGCCCUCGUCCGGAGAAAGAAAAUCGCCAUAAGCAUCAUCUUCUCCCUGUGCGAGAAAGAGGAAGCCCAGAGGGAUUUCCAGGACUUCUUUUUUUCCCAUUUCCCUCUGUUUGAGUCGCACAUGAACAGACUGAAGAGUGCAAUCGAAAAGGCCAUGAUCUCCUGUAGGAAGAUAGCAGAAUCAAAUCACCGCGUCCAGUUUUAUGUCAGCCGUCUGAUGGAAGCUCUGGGAGAAUUCAGAGGGACUAUCUGGAACUUAUAUUCUGUUCCGAGGAUAGCGGAACCCGUGUGGCUUACCAUGAUGUCCAGCACUUUGGAAAAAACCCAGCUCUGCCAGCGCUUUCUCAAGGAGUUUACUCUUCUGAUAGAACAGAUCAACAAAAACCAGUUUUUUGCUGCCUUACUGACUGCAGUGCUAACCUACCACCUGGCCUGGGUACCGACGGUCAUGCCUGUUGAUCACCCGCCCAUUCGAGCCUUCUCAGAGAAACGCACCUCUCAGUCAGUGAACACGCUGGCCAAAACGCAUCCGUAUAACCCGCUCUGGGCGCAGCUGGGUGACCUCUACGGCGCCAUCGGCUCCCCCGUGAGGCUGACGCGCACCGUGGUUGUGGGAAAGCAGAAGGAUUUGGUCCAGCGCAUACUUUAUGUCCUGACCUACUUUCUCCGUUGCUCCGAGCUGCAAGAGAACCAGCUGACCUGGAGCGGGAGCCACGGAGAAGGCGACCAGGUGCUAAACGGGGGCAGCAUCACGACCGCCUUGGAGCGGGGAGAGGUGGAGGAGUCGGAGUACGUGGUGGUCACCAUGAGAAGUGAGCCUGCUCUCCUCCCCCCAGGGCUGCCCCCGACAGCAACAGCUGUGGAAAGGAGCCCUGCUCCCGAGGCGCUGGCUGGGACCUGGGAGGGUGCCGAUGUUAGAGACCCAUGUUCCAAACCUGACCAAGAGGGAAACAAGACCUCUGUGGCCUGCAGCCUGGGAUACCAGGAGCCAGCACUGGACAGCUCUCGGAAACCUCAGGACACAUUUUGUGGGGAGGAAGAAAAUAAAAAAGAGCUGCCACAAGAUGGCUGUUCCAGGCUCACCAGCUGUGAACGUUUGGGGGCAGGACAGGAGAUGAGUGAGGAGCCGAAAGGGGAGAUGCCUACGAAGCCACCAGACCGGUCCGCAGCCUGGCCUUGCCCUGACAGACAUUCCCAGGAGAAGCCUCCCUUAGAGAAGGUCACUUUCCAGAUUGGAAGCUCCGCGUCUCCAGAGUCUGACUUUGAAAGCCGCACCCAAAAAAUGGAGCAGCAGCUAACAGCCUAUAGACAAUAUCGAGAGUCGGGCAGUUGUCCCUUGGUUGAGCCCAGGGUGGCCGCUGACAUGGCUCAGGACCAGCAGGUUUCUAGGUGUUCCUUCCUACCUGGCUUCCAAAAGAAUGUCUGCCAUCCUCAGAACCAAUCAUCCGAGGGGGAUGAAGGUGAAUUUGACCGGAGUCACGCCGAGGACAGAGGCCUCAGAACCCAGGGUGCAGCAGAUGCUGCCGGGCAGCUCUGCCAACCCCCUGACUUGCUCGGACCUGAUGCCCAUGCGGCAGGGACUGGACAGAGAACGGUGGAGAAAACCGGAGGUUCGCAUUCAAAGGCUGAGGAAGGACCUCCGCUGGAGCCUGCCCCCGGCAGGUGUGUGCGGCAGGCCUCUGGUGUGUCGGCCUCCACAGAUGUCCCCUGUGGGGAUGCCGGCGGGAAGGACGACUUCAGGAUUGAAGGAGACAUUCCCAGAAAUGAAAGUUCUGACAGCGCUCUUGGGGACAGUGAUGACGAAGCGUGUGCUUCAGCAUCGCUGAAUCCAGGUCACUGCAGUGACCUGCCUGACGGGUCCUUGGAGGUGGAGCUGCCUCUGCCAAGGUCUCAGAGCAUCAGCAACCCGAACGUGAGAAACUUUGGCCACUCCCUCCUGGCGGGUUACUGCCCCACGUACAUGCCUGACCUGGUGCUUCACGGGACCAGCAGUGACGAGAAGCUGAAGCAGUGUCUGCCGGCUGAUCUGGUCCACACGGUCCGGCAUCCGGUGCUUGACGAGCCCAUAGCUGAAGCUGUCUGUAUUAUCGCAGACACCGAUAAGUGGAGUGUGCAGGUGGCCACCAGUCAGAGGAAAGUGAUGGACAACAUGAAGCUAGGCCAGGAAGUCUUGGUGUCUAGUCAGGUGUCCAGUUUACUUCAGUCCAUUCUACAGCUUUACAAGCUUCACCUCCCUGCUGAUUUUUGCAUCAUGCAUCUUGAAGACAGACUACAGGAGAUGUACCUGAAAAGCAAGAUGCUGUCUGAAUACCUUCGUGGACACACCCGGGUGCAUGUGAAGGAAUUAGGUGUCGUACUGGGGAUUGAAUCGAAUGACCUGCCUCUGUUGACCGCGAUUGCCAGUACGCAUUCCCCUUACGUCGCUCAAAUACUCUUAUAAGCUAAAGCUCAGGACAGUUUUUCCUCGGAAGAAAAAAAACAAACAAAAACAGAUUCUCACCUGCAGGAGAAAGGAAUAAGCUCUCUGUGACGUCAAAAGCAAACGGAAACAGUCAUUCCACCGCUUUGUUUUGUUUUGUUGUUUUUGAGUGGAUGCUUUCUUGGAACUUACGUUUACUUGACAUAACUGCAUGUAUGUUUUUUAUGAACACUCUAGGCCUUUUUGUUACCCAUGAAUCCACCAAGAGAGUGACCUUUAUGGGAGGAGGGAGCAUAAGCACUACACUGAACACUAAGCUGUCAGCACAGAUUGCCUUGUGUGUUUGGGCCGAAUGAUGACGAGUGACUUUGCAGCAGGGGGUAGACAGAGCACGUACCAUUCCACUCGGCAGAUGUUUCAGAGCUUCAGCCUGAGCUCCCCACACUGGAGAAUGCGUGUUUUGCUAUUCCAAACAGACUGUCAGAAAAAGGACGUCAGAUACCAGGGCUGAGUUUGCUUUUCACAAAAGGUGAAGUGAAGAAAGCCACGCUGCGCCAUUCUCAGCGCUGGUGGCUGUGGGAGUUACACAGUCUGACAUAAACAUGAGAGAGGACUGACUGCGGAGAGGAGAGUGCUUUAGGGACCCACUGUGUUCACACCUCCUUGGAGUUGACCUUGUCUCAGAUGCAGCCACAGGUCGGUUAGAGAUGGAUUGUUGGUGCAAUAAACCCAAGAAUCAAUGUAGCAUCUUAAUCCCAUCAAGAUGGAAUUUGUAGCAGCAAAGUACACAGUCUGAUACCGUAUGUUUAACCUUAGACUUCAGAGCUUUCUGCGGCCUCUUUAAGAGAAGCCAUUUACCAAAGUGAUUUCUUAAGCUCACUAGUGUUUCUGUUGCUAAAUUCUUCCAGCCAAAGCCACUUUCUUCCUAUAAUAGUUAAUACAAAUGACUAUUUAUACUUUAAAAGGCACAGCUGUCCUAGUGGGGAAUGAAACCUGCAACAGUUCAGGAUGACUAAGGGAAGUAAUUAGUUUGAGCGCUUAUAAACAAUUCAUCUAUGGUCCAAAUUUUUACAUCAUCUCUGUGCCUUCUGAUCCCUACAUACUUUCCAAAACACCUUUCCAGAAAUUAACUCACCCGUAGUAUAAAACCAAAAUGAGGAAUUGUUUAUGUGUUAGCAUAGUUCCCUUUAUAAAAAACACCUUAAUUUUCUGUUAAAAGAAACUUUACUGAGUUUACUGAUCAUGGACGAUGAUCAUGUCAGAUGAUGUACUGACAUCCAGGGUAAAGGAAAAGACUUUAAAAAAGUGAUCAUUAAAAGACGAGCUAAUCUAGUAAAGCAAAACAUUGUGAGCACCUUCAAGAUCUUGAGUACAGCUAGUUAUAACCAUGUUCCAAUUUCCUUUCACCCUUUUAUGAAUUAGUUCCAAUCCUUCCAUGGAUCCUUUGUACUUAAGAAUAUGAAGCAACUUCCCUGUCAGGGGUGAGAAUGACUUCAGAUUUCCUAUUUGUUAAAACCCCCAACACCAAGUUACAUAAGUUUGCCUCUUCUUUUCCAAGUGCAAGUUAAUUAUUUGUUUGAAAAAGCAUGGCAGCAGUACCAGUGGAGAAAAAUAGAUUUAUCAUUUCUUAGGAAUAAUUCUUAGGAAUAGGUCGGAAUUGCUACCUUCACUCCUCUCUCUUUAGGAUGUGAAACGUAGAUGGGUGCAUUAAAACUCUUAAGAUCUUUACUUUUUAUUUUAUGUCUUUCAUAAAAUUGAAGCUUUCCAUUUUUAGGUUUCUCUUUUUCCUUUUGCCUAACAUCUGAGCUUAGUGUUGUAAAUUCCUUAGUUCCAUGACAUCAUUGCUUGUUGUGUUACACAGAGAGAAUGAACCUUAACUGUGGCUUAGCUCACUCAUCAUUUGGUUUUCAUUACAUGUAAAUAAAUUGUAAUAGCCGAUGUUACAUCAUUUUCAUCUGCACCAGUUUAAAGCAUUCCCUCAUCUCUAGUUCCCGUUUCCUUGUUUACACAUUUUGGGCACUUUCCUUUAUUCACCACCUUCCAGGGUUUCAUAGAAAAUAACUAGAUACAAAAUCAGUUCCCAUUUAAUGUGGACAUAAUGGCAUGUUGAAAAUUAGACCUGUAUAGGGGGGAAAUGGAGCUUUAAAAGGCUGAUUCUAAACUUCAUACAUUAAAGAUUUAGCCCAGUCCCCUCAAAGCCUGAGAAAAGGUAAUUUGCCUCUUAAUCUACUGUUCCAGAACUCUCUCUCAGAAAACGUCCUGGAAAACCAGGUGGGUCACAGGUGGGGACUGUCUCAGAGACGCUCAGGAUCGCAGCCGGAACCUCAUCCUCAUAUCUGUCGCCUGCAAACACAGACCACAAAUGCUGCUGUUCUUUUAUAAUCCUCCUCUCAAUAACAUUCAAGUUUCAUUUGUCUAAAAUUCAACCUCUUUCCAAAAGUGGAAAAGAAAAAAUCUCAUGGAAUUGUGUUGAGAUACAUCCACCCGCUCACCAGACACCAUCCAGUGGCUUCAUUCUGUCUCAGCCGAAGAGGCAAGAAAGGGAUCCCGCCCUCUCCAUGCCCACCUUGAGAAGAAAAAUAAAAAGUAAAAAUAAAUAAAUAAAUAAAUAGAUGGAGAAAACUACCUCAGUGGACAGGAUUCCACCUUUAGGGUGUCUUCAACUUUUAAGUCUUCCCUGUUGAGUGUAACUUUUGUAGCAUCUUGCUCUUUCAAGCAAGCUAGUGAGGCAUGACAGAGCAGAAGUGUGUAAAUGUUACUGUGAUGGCCCUCUAUCUAGCAUGUCGCAGUUUUAUUUUUAAUAGAUCGACGAGUGCUAUGAAUGUAAAGAUAAUUGUGUAUGUUUAAACGUGACAAUGAAAAUGUAAAAUGUAGCUUCCAUACCUGUGCAUAAUUCCAAAGUAUUUUAUUUUUAUCAGUGUUAAAUAGCUUUUUGUACAGGCUUCAAUCCAUUUUUCUGAAGUGUGCUGUUUUUUAAUGAAAGUUAACUAUAAUCUUUUCACAUCUCAUGGAACUGCCGUUUACACAUUGCAACUUUUUAAACUUACCAUAUUUUUCAAAAGUAACUUUUUUGGAGGGAGGAAAAUCCCCGCUUGCUAAAUGAUACUAAACUGUUGUUCAGGCUCUUAUAAUUAGGCUCUGAGAUUUUAUAAAAAUUUAGUCUAGCUUUUUAGGUUCUUCACUAGAGUUGAUUGUACAUAAAAAUAAAGAAUAUAAAGUGACCCCAAAAUUCUUUUAAAUGUCUGGAUUUUUCCACUCGUGUACUUUUGAAAGCAUUUUGUUCAUGCAUACUUUCACCAUUAAAAAAGAGUCUUUAGCUUCUCUUGGUAAAUGUGAACCAUUUGUGUGUUUUUUUAUUGUGCUUUGAGGGAGGGAAUAUUUUAAUAAUACUUGCCUAAAUCAAGCAGCCCCCUCUGAAUGUCAAUUUUUAAAUGUCAAAAUUUGGUGAACCAUAUAUCUUGGAAAAAGAUUACAAUAUGCGUAAAUUUAAGUGGCAUUUAGAAAAAGAAAGUCUGAGAUUCGUUGUAAUUGAAGCUCCAUUAAAAUAAGUUGAUAGGACUUUAUAUUUUUGAUCAAUUAAAGAGAUAUCAAUGUCAAUAUAUGGAAAAUUUUUCUUAAAACUUGUUCAUGUUAUUUUCAUCAAAUUUUCUGUGGCAUUUGGUGCAAUAAAUCUUUUGAAUUUAUCUUGAA